AUGAAAGUGCAAUCUCUACUUUGUUGGUACGAGUCCGAUGAAGUAAGUGUUUUGGGACCUGAUUUGGUAGUAGAGACUACUGAGAAGAUUAAGAAGAUUUGGGAGAGGAUGAUAACUGCUCAGAGUCGACAGAAGAGCUAUGCGGAUCAGAGGAGGAAACCGAUAGAAUUUGAAGUGGGACAACAUGUGUUUCUCAGGGUUACACCGACAACCGGGAUUGGAAGAGCGAUCAAAACCAAGAAGUUGAAUCUGAUGUAUAUAGGACCGUUUGAGAUUCUGAGGCGAUUCGGGCCGGUGGCAUAUCAAGUUGUAUUGCCACCUCAUCUGUCUAACUUGCAUGACGUAUUCCACGUGUCCCAACUCCAUAAGUACACGUCGGAUGCGGCUCAUGUGUUAGAGCCCGAGUUGGUCGAGUUGAAGGAGAACUUGACAUUUCAAGUAACACCGGUGAGAAUUGAUGAUACCAGUGUGAAGAAGUUACGCAGGAAAGAAGUUCAGUUGAUUAAAGUUGCUUGGAAACGAGCAGGAGUGGAAGAGCAUAUUUGGGAAUUCGAGUCCGAGAUGCGAAAGGAUUAUCCCGAGUUAUUCUCAUGUAAUCACUAA